AAAAGUUAUUCUAAACACAUAUACAGAUCUAACCUGUUGUGCUUCCAAAAAUAUCAACCAGAUAUCGAAUGAUGAUGGAAGUAAAAGUUGUUUCCAGAGAGAACAUCAAACCAUCUUUCCCAACACCCCAUCACCUCAGAACCUUCAAGCUCUCCCUUUUGGACCAACUCAUUCCUGCUCCUUAUGCUCCACUUGUCUUCUUUUAUCCCAAUGAAGAUGGUGCUACCAAUCUCCAACUCCUGAAAAGAUUACAAGUGUUAAAGAAAUCGCUAUCCGAAACCUUAACUUGCUUCUACCCACUUGCAGGAAAGAUCGAAGACGACCUUACCAUUGACUGCAACGAUGAAGGGGCUUGUUACAUGGAGACCGAGGUUAAUUGUUGCCUUGCUGACUUUCUGAGCCAGCCGGACCUCCAGGUGAUACAUCGAUUCCUUCCCUGCGAAACCAGUUUCAAGGGGUCAGUAGCAGGAACUCAUGUAACUAACAUUCAAGUAAACAUCUUUAAGUGUGGUGGAAUUGCUAUUGGACUCUGCAUUUCACACAAAAUCCUUGAUGGGACUGCACUGAGCACCUUUGUGAAAGGGUGGUCUGCCACCGCUUGUGGGUCUAAAGAAGUUGUAUAUCCUGAUUUCAUAGCAACUUCUCUCUUCCCAACAAAUGAUUUGUGGCUUAGAGAUUCAUCAAUUGCCAUGUGGGGUUCUUUAUUCAAGAUAGGAAAGUGUACUACCAGGAGAUUUGCAUUUGAUGCCUCGGCUAUUGCUAACCUCAAGGCAAAAGCAGCCAGCAAUUCUGUGCAGAAUCCAACACAAGUUGAGGCGGUCUCUGCUUUCAUAUGGAAAUGUGCUAUGGCAGCCUCAGAAGAAACUCGUGGUUUCACAAGGCCUUCUCUGCUAAGCCAUGCGGUGAAUCUGCGAAGGAGGACUAUACCACCCUUGAUGGAAAAUUCAAUUGGAAACCUCAUUUGGAUAGCAAGUACGCACUGCAAGGCCAGGUAUGAUGAGCUGGGAUUGAAGGGCUUGGUGGGUCAGGUAAGGGAAGGAAUAUCAAAAAUUAAUAGCGACUUUAUAAAGAAACUACAAGGUGAUGAACGGUCUAAUGUUAUCUGCAAGUCCCUCAAGAUGAUGGAAGAGCCAGGCUCCAAAGAUGGAGGAGUGGAUUACUUUGGAUUCACCAGCUGGUGUAAGCUAGGCUUUUAUGAAGCAGAUUUUGGGUUGGGGAAGCCUAUAUGGGUUAGCGGUGUUGGUUCAACUGGCUCAGUGUUCUUGAACCUCAUCAUUUUGAUGGAAACAAGAAGCGGCGAUGGAAUAGAAGCAUGGGUGACAUUGGAUGAACAAGAAAUGGCUAUAUUACAAUGCGAUAUGGAGCUCCUGACAUUUGCUUCGCUGGAUCCAAGUCCACUAAAGCUUGGUAAUAUUGCAGCUGUAAACUCCCCAAAUUACAGAAAGGCUUAUCUGUUUCCUACCCUGUAACUCAUUGGCACAACAUAUGGCUACAAUCAAAAUGGUAU